CAGAAUUUAGUGGUAAUGCUUACACAGGCUUUCUGAGAACGAAUCUAUGUAGUAGUUAUGUGUACUUUUUCUAUAUUGCUUUGUCUUAAGCAAAGAUUUUGUACUGUUGAUUAAGAAUUUGGAUUGCAUUAGCAAAUAAAAUGAGUUUUAACCAAAGAGGUCAUUCAUUCAAAUUGCACCUGAAAUAGAUAUUGGUUUUGGAAAUUGGGAAGGCAUUUGCAUUAUGCUUCUGAUGUCAUACAAAUGGUUUUGGUUUUUAAUUUUUGUUUACAGAAAGAUGAACAUAAUCAUGCAAUUGUUGUUAUUAGGAGCCAAAAUUUGCAUGCUUUUCUUGCCUCUUCAUAUCUUAAACAUUAGCCCCCUUUCACCACUUUAAAGUUACCCUUCAAUGCAUAUUGCAUCACCAUUACAUAAUUCACUCUGCACUUCUUUUUCUUCUCUGUCUGUUUGCACAAAAAAUGGGAAGGCCUCCUUGUUGUGACAAAUCCAAUGUGAAAAGGGGUCUUUGGACUCCUGAGGAAGAUGCUAAAAUACUUGCCUAUGUAGCCAAUCAUGGAACUGGAAACUGGACAUUGGUUCCAAAGAAAGCAGGUCUGAAUAGGUGUGGUAAGAGCUGCAGGCUAAGAUGGACCAACUAUCUCAGACCAGACCUCAAGCAUGAUAGUUUUACUCCCCAAGAAGAAGAGCUCAUUAUUAACCUUCAUGGAGCCAUAGGAAGCAGAUGGUCUUUGAUUGCAAGAAGAUUACCUGGGAGAACUGACAAUGAUGUGAAGAACUACUGGAACACAAAGCUAAGGAAGAAGCUUAUGAAGAUGGGAAUUGAUCCAGUGACUCAUAAACCAGUAUCACAAGUCCUCUCUGACUUGGGAAGCAUCAGUGGCUUCCCAAACACCACCACCACCACCACUAACCCAAUGGCUUAUGUUAACAAGGACUUGAUGAUGAGCAACAUGGCACCAACCAAAACUGAACCAUCAGGUUCCAAUAAGUCACUGGUGGAGAACACACAAGAGGGUCAGGUUCACUCAUACCAAGUCCUCACCACAGAAAAUGUCCAACCACAUGUGUUCAGUGAAGCUGCAUCCUCCACCUCAUCCUCAUCUUCCUCCAACCUCUCCCACUUAGGCUCACCACAGUCCUACUCCUGCCAAACCCCUCAGGCUCAAACUCUUGUUCCUCAUUGUUCCUCCUUUGAUUGGAGUGAGUUUCUUCACACUAGUGACUCAUUUGUGUGGUCACUGAACCCCUCAAGUCUGGUGCAAACUGAAGCUGAUCUUUUUUCCAUCAAUGCCAAAACCAGUGGCCAUGACAAACAAGGAGUUGCAUCAGUUGAUGGUUGUUCUGGUGCAAGCAUGGAAUAUCAUUCAUUUGUAGAUGGUAUUCUGGACAGGGAUAAUGAGUUAAGAGCAGCAUUUCCUGAACUUUUGGAUGCUUCUUUUGACUACUGAGUGUGUUUUUCUGCUUGUUGAUGAUUAGCAGCAGGGUUAUUAAGCACACAACACUCUCACAUCACUAGGAUGUAGCAGAAA